AUGCCGGGUCAACAGGUUGCCCGAGUCCUCCAGAUCGUGAAAAUGCGAAUCAAGCUUGGUACUCCAGGAUAUGAACUGGAAUGGGAGGACUUUGGCGUUGAUGGGCAGAAUGGUGUAAAGAACCGCACCUUUCUGGGGACUGAUCUCCAUGAGUACCAGUACCAGAUCGAGCUAGAGUUCAACCGCCUGGGCGAAAUCCGGCCCAAGCCCGCUGCCGCGGAAACUGGCCCUAAACCCAUCGAAAGCUAUUCGCUUGUGCCGGUGGCUGAGGACCCAGCAGAGGGCGCCCGCGUUUGGGGCGUUUCAUUUCGGAAGUUUGCAUACCUGGAAUUCGUGAAGAAGGAAGUUCGCGAGAUGAAGGACCGGCUCGCGCAGGCUGCCCAGUCGAUUGAGGCAAUGCAGUCGGAGGAGCAGAAGCUUUGGCAUCGAUUGCAGGGCGUAGAAAGCAGCAUCGCCUACAUGGUUGAGCAGCAGCCGUCGCGUAUCGAGACCAAGGUCCGUAGCAUUCUGAGCGAGUCUGCAAUGCAGGACUCCACCGUUGGGGCGGAAUUGCGGUCCGAGGUCAUGCAAGCCUUGCAGAGUCUGCAAGCGCAAGUUAAUGAACUCACGAGCUGGAAGAACAUCCAGGACUCAAAGUUCCAGGCAAGCGCAGAGGAGCAAGAGCAGAGUAUGCAGAGGAAUUUCUUUGACCUCGCAAACCAGCUCAAAACUCAACAGGACUCAAAGUUCCAGGCAAGCGCAGAGGAGCAAGUGCAGAGUAUGCACAAGAGUUUCGCUGACCUCGCAAGCCAGCUCCAAACUAGCCAGGAUUCGAAGUUCCAGGCAAAUGCAGAGGAGCAAGCGCAGAGCAUGCGCAAGAGCAUCGCGGACCUCGCAAGCCAGCUCCAAACUAGCCAGGACUCAAAGUUCCAGGCAAGCGCAGAGGAGCAAACGCAGAGUAUGCACAAGAGUUUCGCUGACCUCGCAAGCCAGCUCCAAACUAGCCAGGACUCAAAGUUUCAGGCAAGCGCAGAGGAGCAAGCGCAGA